AUGGCUUUUACCCAAAAUGCAGGGAGACUUUUAGUCCCACUGGCUGUUGGUGUUGCCGCGCUUCAAGCAAGCCUUUACGAUGUUCCAGGAGGUUACCGAGCUGUUAUGUUCGACAGAUUCUCGGGCGUCAGUGACAAGGCAACUGGCGAAGGAACGCACUUUCUUGUUCCUUGGCUUCAACGGGCGAUUUUAUACGAUUGUCGUAUUAAACCAAGAAACAUUUCCACAACAACCGGCUCAAAAGAUAUGCAAAUGGUUUCAAUAACCCUCCGUGUCCUUUCCCGUCCCGAUCUCGAGCAUUUGCCAAAAAUUUACCAGAGUUUGGGUUUGGAUUAUGACGAGAGAGUCCUGCCAUCAAUUGGAAACGAAGUCCUAAAAAGCAUUGUUGCUCAGUUUGACGCCGCAGAAUUGAUCACACAGCGAGAAGUGGUAUCCUCACGAAUUCGUGCGGACCUUCUUCAACGUGCUGGAGAAUUCAACAUCAAGUUGGAAGAUGUUUCUAUCACUCAUCUUACUUUUGGAAAGGAAUUUACUCAAGCUGUCGAGGCCAAACAAAUCGCGCAGCAAGACGCUGAACGUGCCAAAUUCAUUGUCGAGAAGGCGGACCAAGAGCGGCAAGCAGCUGUUAUUAGGGCUGAGGGAGAGGCAGAAGCUGCACUGACUAUUUCUAAAGCUCUUGAGAAGGCCGGUGACGCGUUUGUUGCGCUUCGAAAGAUCGAGGCUAGCAAAGCAAUUGCGCAGUCCCUAUCUAAUAAUCCCAACGUCGCCUACAUCCCUAGUGGAAGUGGCAAUUUCAUCCUUGCUCUUGACUGCCAUCUAGUCUGUCUCUGUAUCUCUCGUCUUCCUUUUCUCUUUUCCUCUCCUCUCUCAUCUCUCUCGUCUCUCCUCUUUUUCCUCUCUUGUGACGGACUUCUAUCGUAUACGAUCUCCCAAUUUUCUGUCUUUUGUCUCAUUUUUUCACUCAUCUUUUUAAAUCAUGAAUCCAAUGGGCAUGGGUAG